UAUCUUUAUUUGAUCAGCAAAAUAAGGCGAUGAAGGUCAUUACAAAUCUACAAAUUGCUUAUGUGAACAAAUAGCCUAUAGACUAUUCUGAUUUUACUAUAAAGAAAAUAUUUUUAUUUAACAUGUAGGACACCUUUUUUUUUUUUAAAAUAAGAUAGUUAAACAGACUUAAUUUAAAAAAUCUUAUUACACAACCGUGAUGCAGCCGGCUUGGUUUACUUAAUCCAUAGGUGGCGAGCUGUACACACACUCGCCUUUUUUCGGGACAUCUCCACGUCACUCGCGGCAGUCGGUUAUGGCUGCGGUUCCGGGAUUCAAAAACGAAGCCCUAUUGACUCAUGGGAUGUGAUUUUUUUCCUCGCCGUCCAUGGUGUCCUAGCGGCCCUUUAAGAAACUACAUAUCCCACAAGUCCAUGGUUUCGCGUAGGAACUCCCAGCUGGUUGAGUUUUCUGCAGCUUGACAGCCCUCUGAAACGGUUCGUUAUUAACGGGCAAGGAGCGGAGAGGUGGUGAGGUGUCCGCAGUCAUGAAGCUGCAUUAGGAUAAAAACGAAAACAGGCUCCGCCCUAAAAUAAAACAUCCCCAACACCGAGAGCUUAACUGGCGAUAAUGCAGCAAUACAGAAGAAUCUAAUUUCACUGCCCCGACAUCAGGUUUGUCGGCGGUUCCCUCCAGGUUGGAUUCGCCCAGUGGUUUUGCCGUUCCUGUCCAAGCUGAAGCGCCGUCUCCGCCGAGGAAGAUGUCCGUGGAGGGGAUGCGGGUUACCGGCGCUGGGCCGGAGGGGAUGCGGGCCGAGCUCGAACGCUUAUCCCGGGAGCUGAGCGAGACGACCCGCGAGAAGAUCCAGGCGGCCGAGUACGGGCUCGCCGUCCUGGAGGAGAAGCAGGCGCUGCAGCAGCAGUACGACGAGCUGGAACUCGAGUACGAGACCGUCCGUCAAGAAAUGGACCAACUGAAAGAGGCUUUCGGGCAGGCCCACUCCAACCAGCGGAAGGUGGCAGCAGACGGGGAGAGCCGGGAGGAGUCUCUGCUCCAGGAGUCGGCGUGCAAGGAGGCGUACUACGAGCAGCGCGUGCAGGAGCUGCAGACCGAGAUACGGCAGACGCGCGUCGCCCUGUGCAACGCACAGGCCGAGAGCGAGCGCCUGAGCACGGUCGCUCAGGAGCUCCGCGAGAACAGUCAGAUGGUGGAACUGCAGAGGUCUCGUCUCCGUGACGACAUUAAAGAGUACAAGUUCCGCGAAGCUCGUCUGCUGCAGGACUACAGCGAGUUGGAGGAGGAAAACAUCACCCUGCAGAAACAUGUCUCUGUGCUCAAACAGGGCCAGGUGGAGUUUGAGGGCCUGAAGCAUGAGAUCCGACGCUUGGAGGAAGACACACAGUUUCUGAACAGCCAGCUGGAGGAUGCCAUCCGCCUGAAGGAGAUCGCGGAGAGGCAGUUGGGUGAAGCCCUGGAGACCAUCAAGACCGAGAGAGAGCAGAAGGCGGCCUUGAGGAAGGAGCUGUCCCACUACAUGAGCAUCGGGGACUCCAUGUACCACAAUCCCCUGAACAUCUCGCUGGACGGCCUGAAGUUCGGCGAGGACGCCAUGACGGAGCCCAACAACGACGACCCCGUCAACGGCUACGAGAACAGCUUCGACAAGAUCCCCAGCGGCGAGGACGACAACCGCGUGUCCACGCCCAAGAAAAGCGCACGGCUCCAGCCCGCCCCCAGCCUCGUGGACGACCUGCUGAGCGAACUCAACAUCUCUGAGAUCCAGAAGCUCAAGCAGCAGCUGGUACAGGUGGAGCGGGAGAAGGUGAGCCUGGUGUCCACGCUGCAGGACUCGCAGAAGCAGCUGGAGCAAGCGAACGGCGCGCUCUCCGAGGAGCACGAGAAGGUGAGCCGUCUCACCGAGAACCUGAACGCCAUCCGCAAGCUGCAGGCCAGCAAGGAGCGCCGCUCGGCGCUGGACGAGGAGAAGGAGCGGGACAGCCGGGAAGACGGCGACUACUACGAGGUGGACAUCAACGGGCCCGAGAUCCUGGAGUGCAAGUACAAGGUGGUGGUGUCGGAGGCGGCUCAGCUGAAGGAGGAGCUGAAGACGGUGAGGAUGGAGUACUCCUCCUGCCAGUCGCAGUACGAGGAGGAGCGGGCACGUCUGGAGGGCCAGGUGACGACGCUGGUCUCGAAGCUCAGCACGCUGGAGCACAGCAGCCGGGUGGAGCGCGAGCAGCUGGCGCGGGUGGAGAAGGAGCUGCGCAGGGCGAGCGAGGUGGCGGGCGAGACGCAGGGCAGCCUGAGCGUGGCGCAGGACGAGCUGGCCACCUUCAGCGAGGAGCUGGCCAACCUCUACCACCACGUGUGCAUGUGCAACAACGAGACGCCAAACCGCGUCAUGCUCGACUACUACCGCGAGGGCAAGGGAGGCGUGGCGGGCCGGGCCAGCCCCGAGGGGCGCGGCCGCCGCUCGCCCGUCCUGCUGACGCGCGGCCUCUUCCCCACGGCCGAGCCGGAGGCCCCGGCGCUGGGCUCGCCGCUGCCAUCGCCGGUGGCCGACCCGCGCAAGGAGCCCAUGAACAUCUACAACCUCGUGGCCAUCAUCCGCGACCAGAUCCGCCACCUGCAGCUGGCCGUGGACCGUACCACCGAGCUGUCACGUCAGCGCGUGGCCGCCAUGGAGCUGGGCCCCGGGGCCGACAGGGACCAGGAGGCCAGUCUGGAGGAGAUCCUCAAGCUUAAGUCCCUCCUCAGCACCAAGAGGGAGCAGAUUGCCACCUUGCGCACCGUCCUCAAGGCCAACAAGCAGACUGCUGAAGUGGCACUGGCCAACCUGAAGAGCAAGUAUGAGAAUGAGAAAGCCAUGGUGACCGAGACCAUGAUGAAGUUGCGCAACGAGCUCAAAGCCCUGAAGGAGGAUGCUGCUACCUUCUCCUCCCUCAGAGCUAUGUUUGCCACCCGCUGUGACGAGUAUGUUACUCAGCUUGACGAGAUGCAGAGGCAGCUAGCAGCGGCGGAGGAUGAGAAGAAGACGCUGAACUCGCUGCUCCGCAUGGCCAUCCAGCAGAAGCUGGCGCUCACCCAGCGUCUCGAAGACCUCGAGUUUGACCACGAGCAGUGCCGCCGGGGCGGAGCCAACGGCCGCAACAAGUCCACCUCCUCCCGGGGCAGGUCCACCCAGAACACCGCCCACUCCAACGUAAGUCCGCCCCUCACCGCCACCUGUGGGGGCCGCGGCGAGCCCAACAGCCUUCUGGGAACGCCGGUGGUGUUCUGCAGCGAGAAGUACAAGAUCUACUGCGACUAAAAGCUUCGGGUGUGUUUUAAAAUGGCGCUCCUCGGUGUACAAAGCCCCACUCACAUGCGCUCUCUUGUCUGCUCUUUUGGUGUAUGUACGUGUGUUUAAGGCUUUGUAUGGUUAUGCCUACAAGUGUACUAGUAGCUAGUCGAAUGAAGAUGGCUAAUAUGAUAGAGCUAGCUAAUGGCUGCCACACAGGUGUUUGUUGGACACAGAGGGCAGGUUGUCUCCUUCUGUACUCAUGGUGCUGUAUCUUAAGUGGCAGCUUAGUAUCUAAAUGUGUGUGUGUGUGUGUGUGUGUGUGUGUGUGUGUGUGUGUGUGUGUGUGUGUGUGUGUGUGUGUGUGUGUGUGUGUGUGUGUGAGAGAGAGAGAGAGAGAGAGCGUACACGUUUCCCAAUUAGAUCGCUAGUCAUGUUAGUGGGAGCUAGACGUGAGGGCAUCAUGUCGUGGUUUUGGCGUAAAUCUAGUCGCCCUCCUCGCCUUAGCAGAUUUCCUCUUUCUCUUUCACUCUCUCUCCUGGCUCAGAGAAACCAACCUGAACCCGGCAACCCAUUGUCCAAUCAGGUGACUAAUGUUUACAUUGAUAAACGAACUUGUGAAUAUGCAAACGCUCCCCCUCCCUACUUACAGUUACGGGAGAACCAUGGAAGGUUUUGAUAUGAAUUGAGAAAACGACUCAAAAGUAAAACGAUGGGUUUGCCAACUAAUUUAGGACUACGGCGUGAGCGUUGUCAGUCCUCGGUCUCACUCAAGUGCAGGUGGGCAGGAGAGGGGUGUUUGUUGUUUUUUCUUGGAACGGCAAGCUUUUUGCCAAAAUUCCAAAUGGAUCACAUUUUUUGGCACUUGCAUGCAAUUUGCGAUUGCUAGUGGAUUCUUGGCUGCAAAAACAUGUCACCCAGCUUUCUUAUUAGUUUAUUGUCUUAGAUUGUCUCCACCUCGAGGAUGUGUGAAAAAUGGUCCUGCAUGAUAAAGAAGGGGGACAUUUCUCACAGUUGCGCCCUCUCUUCAUUGAAUCGACCCCCCCCCCAAAAAAAACAAAAAAAACACCGAGGUUUUUCAUAGCCAUAACACUGGAGAAUAAAGGGGACGAGGAAAAUCAGCGCUCUCCCUCAAAUUCAAGUGCACUUCAGCUAGGGGCCUCAGGUUCCACAUUUUGUCGCACAAAAAAAAAAAAAUUAAAGACAGAUUUAAAAUAUAAACACGCAAAGUCUGAUCUGUGGAAAACAAGUUUUUGGUUGGUGGAGAGCCAACUGAUCACAAAAUAAGAGCACAACGCUUAAGGCACCCUAAUCACGGCACCGGCCUAAACGACGAUCCUAAACACCCCCGUUGUUAAGUGCCUGUCUCCUGCUUUCUGUCAGAAACUAGCUCCAUUUUGGGCUUCGUGUCUCUGAACCCUAGCGCUAAUCUCUCUCCCUCCUCUCUCUCUUCCUUCUCCACUUCUCCAGCUGCCUUCGCUAACUGUUAAAUCAUCUCCUGGGAGCGUGUGUGUGUGUAUUUAUAUUCUCUCGGAAGGCUCUCUCUCUUUGCUACGCUUCCCAUCGACGGCUUGCCGUCAGCAGCUCCCAUCCGCCUCGUCGCGCUCCGUGAAAUAACGCCAGGCCACGUUUCCGUAAACGCUGGCGCGUAGCGAACUUCGGUAACAUGGCGAGGAAACAGUGUGACGUUUCUGUUUGCGAUAAACUAGCUGGUUGCCUCGUGUUGUCAAAUAAACAAAAAGCUUUAAAGACAGUGGUGAGCAGAUUUAAAGAAAAAACAAAAAAAAACAAAACACGAGGCUGGCGCUUGUAGUAAAAUAGUAAUCCUAAAGUCGUGGAUGCUGAUUACCAUGGUAAUGAAAAUCACUUUGUUAGCUUUAUUACACUAAAAGCAGGGUUGGGGACAGACGAGGAAAGUACCUUUUCUUAAUCAUGUCAUGUGGAAACGAUUAGACGUUAUUCUCAACGAGAUAAUAAUAAUUCAGGUUAACCCUUCCCUUCCUCCUAGCCAGAGGAAGCGUGCGAAGUGGGCAAGAGCCUCGGUCCUCAACUCUGCUUGCGUGUGUGCUGCGUAUAUGCCCUUGGUAACCUAGGCCUUUAGAUAACGUACUGUAUUAAACAGACACUCAGCUACGCGCUCAUCUCAGACACACACACACACACACACACACACACACACACACACACACACAGCUUGGAUCUGACCACUCUCGUUUUGUUCCUUCAUCCAUCCCCAUUAGCAACGAGUGAAAACAUGACAUAUAGUUGAAGGGUUUUAUCAGACAAGGAGAGACUGAAGGUGCCAGUCUGUUGUCUGAUAACAUCAUGAGAUGAUUGAGGGGAAAAAAGGCAUUCCCAAUUUUUGAGAAUGGGCUAAAGUGGAAAAUUGUUUCAUAAAUGGAGGUUUUGUUUGUUUGUUUGUUUGUUUUUGUGUUUGUUUGUCAUGGGCUCAGAGGACAUUGAUUCAAAUUGUGUUGCUUCCUUGUUAUACAACUGAUAUGCCAUUUAAAGUUUAUAUAGUAUUAAGAAUUAUUAAUAAUAUUUACUCAAUGGUAUGAAAUCAGUGUCCACUGUCCUGAGCCCCGAACAUGCUCCUAAGGAACCUACAUGAGCAUGCAGGCGACUUUUUUGCUCACACAUACAUUUAUUACUGUACAUCCCCAUUGGUUUACACCACAUAACACGCAUGCAGAACACUAAUUUUAUUGUAUAUUUUUACUAAUUUGCAUGGCACUUGAGAAGCUCCGCCCAGCUUUUUCCUAUUGGAGGACAGUACGACCGGCGGAGCUUCCUCAUGGGUGGAGGUUUGAUACUUGUGAGCCCUUGGCUUCCAGCACCUGUCUGUUUUGCCUCAGGACUUUCUCAGUGUCAGCUGUGCUUGGCUUCUGGUGACUAACCCAGUUUUACUCUUGCUGGUGACUAAUCUUGGCUCUCCAGCCAUACAUUUUGAUUGCGCGUUCUCUACUUUUUGCUGAGUUCAGCAGUUAUUUAACAUGCUGCCAGCAUGUCUCUGAUUUUCAAAGGUGCACUCUUCUAUGUUUAACAGUAAUGUAAUUUCUGUUAUCUUUGUUUUUUCCAUUUUGCAGUAAUGUUCACCCCCUAGCUGUGCUGGGAAGUCGACAUUCCAUCACUGCUGACAAUUUUGGUCUGCCGUAGCAACUAAAUUUUUAGCCCAAUGGAAAUCCACUGGAAGCCUAAACAUUUAAACACUAUAUAUUAAAAGAUGUGGAUAUUCAGUAUAUUUACAACUAUUAAUAUAGCUGACAUGUGAUAAAUGAUUAAGAACUAAAAUUAGCACGGUUAGAGGGGUUUUUGUUUGUUAGUUUAUUUGCUAGUUUAUAAAUAGUCUAGUAGGAAGCCAUGCUCACAAAUAAAGAAACUCCACCCGUAAGAAUUGUGAUUGGCUAAGAAAAUCUUGCUAAAUUAAAAUAAGGAAGGAGUUGGGGAUUAAAUAGAACCUAUGCUACAUUGGGUUUUUGGUUUUGUUUUUUCUUAACCUGUGCACUUUUAAUAUAGGAGUAUAUAGCUUUUAUUAUUAAUCUAGGAAAGGUUUGUAGUGCUUUGGUUUGUGAGUCAGUUCAAGUCUAUAUACACGUAUAUAUUGAUAGUAAUAGAUUUUUCAUAUAUGCUCUCUGUAUGCAAAGAACAGAGAACAACUCACUCACUUAUCCAAAACUCACCUUACAAACCAGUCCUAUGGUGUUCUGUGAAAUGAAUCUACAUGCAUUCAUCAUUUAUAUUUCAUUUAUAAUGUUGACAAUGUUUUUUUUUCAUAUUUGUGCUACUGCCAUAUUUUAAAACAAAAUCCCGGGUGGUCAGAUGCUGGGCUUUUUUGUCUAUUUAUUAUUCUUAGGAAUAGUUCAACAUGAAUGAGAAGAAACUUGACGCCGUUCUGGCUUAAACACGGUAAAGUGGGCUUCUGAAAAACAAAAGCCGUGCUGCGUGAGACAGUUGCGUGGAAUUUUGUUUUUCCUCCAGUGCUUCUUUACUCGAGCUUUCUGGGGAUUGCUGACUUCGUGAAUUCUCUGCGAGCGUAAUCAAAUCAAUUCCAAAUUGGAAUGGUCUCAUUCUCUCUUUAUUUAUCGUGCCAAGUCUUGGUGCACCGUUUUACGUUUGAUACAAGUAUCAAUCAAUCAGUCCAUAAACAGAAAAGAUGGAGAUCAGAAAGAAGAUGGGAAGUUGUUGCGGUGGGUGUGACUGAGAGGCCACUGCUUUCAUGCCCUCCAUCUGGUUGGUUUUCUGUUUCUGCUCUUCGUUCUAACCAGUAGUGCCUUUCUUUAUUUCAAGAGAGAAUUCUAGUCUAGAUUACAGGUUUUGUAGUUUUGUUUUUUUUUCUAUCCUGAAGGUAAGGAAAUUGGCAAGGAUUUCUUGCCUUUCUGAACGCUUAGAAGCAGCAAUAACUGCAGAAGACACAAUCUGUUUUGCGACAGUGUGUUUUGUUAGUCUAAGACAUUAGGUGAGUAAAACUUAAAAUUUGCAGAUUGCGGUGAAUUCUUGAAAUCAGCGAUCCCUUUAGCAAAUUCAGGGGUUUUAGCAAAAGGUCUUUUUUAAUCAAGUGGUGGGAAUUCGAGUCCUGUUUUGCCUCAUAGUGGAAAAAAAAAAGACUCCACACAUGCAUGUGUGGUGUUUUGCUGGUCAAGACUGGUGUAUCUAUAGCUUUGGUGAAGGCAACGUGGUAUUGAUAGUAUUGUUAACAAAUGCGUGAACGUGCAUCCUCUUUUUGCCCAUUAUGAGUGUCACUUUUUUGUUUGCUAUCUGUUUGGGGUUUUUAAACCUUUUUUUACAUAAUAUUUUUAAGCAUUGUAAAUUCAGGAAACAGAAAACAUUUUGCAUCAACAAACUUAAAUGGUGCCAUUAAAGUCACAGCUUGUUUGUUGAGGCGUAAACAUAAUUAGUACAUUUGGGUAGCUAGUAAAAAUGGGUGGUGGUCUGUCAAUUAAGUGCAAUUUAAAAUGCUGAUUUACAGAAAUGAGGUUUUCUGUUUGCUGAAAGCGAUAGCGUUGUGAUAUUCAGCUAGCCGUGCAACCUUCACAUGGUCAUAUUGUGUUCCAGUAUUGAUCCGCAAGGAGUUUGAUACCUUUAUAUAAAAACAAUGAUUACAUCCAUAUGUUGGUAUUUAUUUGAAAUGUCUUGCAGUACUGUAUUCUUUAUUAAUAACGUGCAUUACGAUCAGUGGCAAAAAAAAGAGAAAAAAAAGAAUUCAGAUUAAGUCAUAUGCAUGUUUUUCUUCAGCCAUGGGACUUUUACACAGGACAGAAAACAAACGUAGAACUUUAAAGAGGUUAGAAAAGAAAAAGGAAUCAAAAAAUGAAAUGUGUUUAGCUCUUAAGCAACGUAUUACUGCUGAACUAACCUAGCAGAAAAAGUGUUGUUUUGUUUUCUGUAGUGGGUUUACUCAGUCUGUGUAAAGGUAGUCACGCUGGAUUAAAUCAAUAAACGGGACUAAAACUUUG